CUGUCUAUGGGCGGGAAGCACCUUUAAGUUUGUUUACCAACCGCCAUUAAAUCCUAAAAGAAGUGUUGAGCGUCUUCUCUCUCCAGUACAUUAGGAGGCGCUGCAGCUCUUUAAUCCGCUGAUAAACCAAAGAAAGAAUGAGCUGUUGAGAUGUUGAUGAUGAGAGAUGAGAUGGAUGUGAUGUGCUGUAAAUCAGUAGGAACUGAUCUGUCUAUGCUGGAUAUUGAGGAUUUCAUCACAGAAAUCUCUCAGCUGAAGAAAGAGGUGGCGUUACUGGAGACAAAGUUGAGGUUAAGAGGAGAUGAAGGACUGAAGAGAGAGGAUGUGGAUUGUUGUGAAUCUUCAGUGUAUUUGACUGAUGGACGUCUGGAUUCAGUGUGGAUGAGCAGAGAUCAGAGCCGCACACCACAGACACUGCUGGACUCUAAACUCUCUGAAGAGAAAUCCAGACACACACAGAACUCAGAGCUCAGUCUCACUUUACUCGGUUAUACUGAGUCAAAGCCCACAAACACUCAGUACACUACAGUGUGUGACAGUAAACAGAGCUUACAGGAGGAUCAAACCUCCACAGAGUCUCUGGAUUCUGUCUGUAACGCUGGAGAACAGCAACAGAUCCUGCAGACCACAAUGAAGAUGUGUUCAGUUAAACUGGAGGACUGCAAGAACCUGAUGAUGAAGAUAAAAACAGAACCCACAGCAGAUGAAUAUGAAGAUAAACAUAGUGAUGGUCAGGAGUUUAUUAUCUCAGAUGUGAAGAGUGAAUCAUGUUGUGAUGGAGAAAUAACGUCCUCAACAUCAGAAGAGCGACUGACAGCACAAACUCAAGAGAAGAAACUUCAUUCAGAAGAGCAAAGAGAGACGAAGAAGUCGUCGUUUAACUGUGAACAAUGUGGGAAGGAUUUUGAUUUCUUAUUUCAGCUGAAAAGCCACAUGAAGACACACAGUGGUGAAAAACCUUUUUACUGCAAUGAUUGUGGCAAUUACUACGGCAGCAAAAAAAGUCUUAGUUUGCAUAAGAGAAUUCACAAAGAAGAGAAACUGUACGAGUGUCCUCACUGUGAGAAGAGAUUCAACUACCAAUCCAAUAUGAAGAAACAUGUGCGUUUACACACCAAUGAGAGACCGUAUCAGUGCAGUCAAUGUGGAAAAACCUUCACACAGUCAUCCUCUUUAAAGCGACAUGAAAAAACACACUCUCAAGAGAAACUAUAUCCAUGUUCAUACUGUGAUAAAUGUUUCAGUGAUAAAUCUCAUCUGAUAAACCAUGAGAGAGUUCACACGGGAGAGAAGCCUUACGUCUGCAGUGUUUGUGGGAAGAGUUUUAAUCAGCAAAAAAAUUUAGUGAGACACCAGAGAACUCAUACAGGUAAAAAACCUUACAAAUGCUCUCAGUGUGACGAGACGUUUACUCAAUCAAGUUACUUAAAAGUCCACGAGAGGAUUCAUUCUGGAGAGAAACCUUACGUCUGCUGUCAAUGUGGAAAAAGCUUCUCUGAUCCAUCUCAUUUCAGAGUUCAUCAGAGAGUUCACACUGGAGCGAAGAAAUUUCAUCACUGUAGUGUUUGUGGAAAGAGUUUUAAUCAUCGUCAAAGUUUAUGGAGACACCAGAGAACUCAUACAGUUUAAAAACCUUACAAAUGCUCUCAGUGUGAAAAGACAUUUACUUGGUUGGAUUCCUUAAAAAGCCAUGAGAGACGUCAUUCUUCAGCUUCUCUGUUCAAUCUCAUUUCAUAGUUUAUUAAAGAGUUCACACGGGAGAGAAA